AUGAAGACCUUCGCGGCGCUGCCAGUGGCAUUGCUGCUCGCAGUCGUUGUGGCUGAGCCCAUUCCAGUCUACGAUGCCAACAUGGCCAACCCGGACGACAACUGCACCUCAAGCAGCACCUACCUCGUCGACCCAGUCACUGCCUCUCCUCAGCCAAGCAUCCCAGCCUACGGCCAAGCUCCUCCCGCAUCCAACCCAGCACCAGUCUACACACCGAAAGGCUACGGAGGACCACCAGGCUACGGAGGCAAGCCACCCGGCUACGGACCGCCGAGCUUGCCAGUCACUACCUACACAGCUACUCUUGUCAACAGCACUUCCUCCGGCAGCACACUCGGUUCUCCUGUCACUGGUGGUGGCAACUCCACCUCUCCAGCCGGCACAGCUCCAUCCUCAGGCUUCACACCUUCUUUCAGCAGCGCCACCAGACGUGGCUCGUACUCGUCGUCUACGUCGACUCCGCCUGUUACGGAGUCGAGCAGCACGCUGACUACUACUGUGACGAUCCCGAUUGUCUCCACGAUCACGCUCGGGACUGGUACAGGCUCGAUUCCAUCGGUGUCUUACAAUGCGAGUUACCCAGCUUCGCCAUUCCCUACCGGUACUGGCGGCAGUACAGAAGGCAGUCCCAUCACUGGAACAGCGUCAUCGGGUCUGCCGACUUAUGCGAACUCGACUUCAACGAUCGACUCCACCACCACUGUCUCCUUGACAGAGACGAUCUGGUUGACGUCUACGAGGAACUCCUCUUCUUCGACUCUCUCUGGCUCAGCACCAGUCUCACCCAUCACGGCGACGAGCAACAGCAGCAGCGUUGUUAUCUCCACCAUCUCCACGAGGUCAGCACCAUAUCCAUACCCAUCCUACGGCACCGGCAGUUCAUAUGCCCCUUCAUCUGGCUUCCCAACUGGUUCUGGUGCGCCAUCGUCAGGCUUCAGCAUCUCACCAAUCACCCCCUCCUCAAGUUCUGGCUACCUCCCACCAACCAACGCACCACACCCACCCAGCUACGGCCUCCCAGCAUUCUCUUCCUCCUUCUCGACCUCGACAGGCUACAACAGCACCAUCGCUGACCCCGUCGGUGGAACCCGUACUUCCAGCACUGCUACGCCCUCGGCGUCCUUCUUGCUCUCGAGUCAGUCCCGCUUCCCAGGUACUGGAUUUUCUUCCAUCUCAUCGACAUCGACUGCUUCGCCUUCCUCUGGCUUCAGCACUAUCACCACACCCACCGCUGGUCCUGUGGCGCCGCCGGGCUAUGGGAAGCCAACUACCUCGGUCCAUGCUGGUCCAUCGAGCUACCCAGUCUAUGGUGGUGGUCCCCCGAGCUAUGGUGGAGCUGGGAAGGGAGGAUGGUUUGGUGGGUGGUUUGGUGGUGGAGGCAGAGGCGGACACGGGUGGUAG